AUGCAUAUGUACAGGAUACUAGAUCAGCUUCUACCAGCAUGGAAAAGAGAUCUUUACGAAGAUGUCGACGGAGAGAAGUCCAGUCUAAAAAAUCAGCUGCACCCUGAGGACUCUCCAGGAGUAUCGGGAGCUGUGAAAAUAUACAGGGGAGCAAAAGCAAUAGACAAGGAGCGACUAGUCUUUAUCAUAAAUCGUUUCAAUCGUUCCGAUUUUGGGAACUUUAAAUCGUCAAUUGACAUAAGUAUCGCAUACAGUGACCUAGCGUCCAUAAGAAGAGCAAUGGAAUGGAAAGAUUUUGAUGUACUCAGACAAAGCCGCAAGGAGGAUAGAGACCCCGAACCAUUUGAGCUCUAUGGAAACCGUCACACUGAGGCAGAGUUCAUUCAUUACGUGUGCGGCAUCUUGGAUCAGCUCCUGCCAGCCUUAAAACGUGAUCUUUAUGAAGACGUGGAUGGACAGAAAUUCGCUUCAGGUUCAGAACCGAGCCCUGAAAACUCGCCUUUACUCUCAGGAGAUGUCAAAGUGCACAGAAAAGCAGACACAUCGGAUAAAAAAUCGUUCAAUAGUAAAGAUCGUGUCGAUGUGUCGUCUAAAAUUGAUGUAGAGUUCGAGCAUUCAGAUUUCGCCCUCAUUAACAAGAGCAACGGUAUGGUAACAGAAAGCCGCGCAUACUUGUCUGAACAGUUGAAUUUUGGAGAACCAAUUCACACUAAAGACGGUGACCACGUUGCAAUGCUGAAGAUACAUUUAUUUAGCCAAGUUUCGCUCAUUGAUCAGAUCAACUCGUUGUACUUCAGAAAAACAGAAUCGGAAAAUAUUGCUUUUCAUUUAUUUGUGAGACUAUUCGUUCCAAACUCCAGGGCUGUUGACAAUAAUGACAAUGAGUUCGGUUGGUCUCCAACUAACUCGGGUCAGAUGUCUCCGAACAAUGGCUCUUAUUCUGGUGAACUUCACAAUUCGACAAAUUCAUCAUCCCUUUCUGUGAAGCACCGGAACCGAAGAGCAGCAGAACCUAUAGUAAUAAGUCAAACGGCAUACGAGCAAACGAUAUCGCUCAAUGUCGAUCAGGUACAAGACGCCUGGAGCCAAGCAAGCAACUUACCAUCGCUGGAAGAAAAAUUUCAACUGUUCAAGAAGGAGGUGAUUGGAGUAAAUGUGACAGGAGAGGGUCGUGUAAGCAUGGAACCCUACUCUCAGAAGAUAGAAGUGGGCUUCUAUAUCAAGAUUGGUCCUAAUGAUUGGGAGGAAAUCUUCCACGACAUUUUCCAAGGAAAAGACCUGACGAAUGGCGGGGUCAUCAAAAGGGAAUUCAAUUUGGCUAAGACUAUCGUAAGUUGCUGUCUUCGAACUGCAGUGAAACCUGUAUUAAGAGGAUACGCAUGGGACCCCGCUAAGGUCUGCUUUAUAAAGGUGUAUAGCUUUAAAGAAAAUACGCAAAGAAAAGUUUGGGACUUACUUAGAACGAUGUCCGCUUAA